AUGAAAUUUGCAUUCCUCGCCCUCGCGGCCACGGCUGUAGCCAGUCCUAUGGCCAUUGGCAAGCGGCAGACUGCCGUUGCCGAGGAUGAGCUUCGGACUGGUCCCUGCGAGCCCAUCACUUUCAUCUUUGCCCGGGGCUCCACCGAGCCUGGUCUUCUGGGGAUCACCACCGGCCCCGCGGUCUGCAAUGCUCUCAAACUCAGUCGUCCAGACCAAGUGGCCUGUCAAGGGGUUGGACCAGCCUAUACCGCUGCUCUGGACUCCAACCUCCUCCCACGCGGCACGACCCUGAUUGCCAUCGACGAGGCAGUAGGUCUCUUUAAACUCGCUGCGUCCAAGUGUCCGGACACAAAGAUCGUCGCUGGUGGAUAUAGUCAGGGCGCGGCUGUCAUGCACGGCGCUAUCCCUAAUCUUCCCAGCAACGUCCAGGACAUGGUCAAGGGGGUUGUGCUAUUCGGCGACACGCGCAACACGCAGGAUGGAGGACGGAUUCCCGAUUUCCCCAGAGAUCGCACCAAAAUAUACUGUGCUCCCGGCGACCUGGUGUGUGACGGGACUUUGAUCGUCACUCCGUCACAUUUCACCUAUGUCGAUGAUGUGCCGGACGCAACCGCUUUUCUCUUGUCGGAGGUUUGA